AUCUAGUGUUUACUUCCUCCUGUUUCCAGGCUAGCUCCACCAGACACUAUAUUUAUUAAUUAUGUUAGGUAAUAGUUUAACUGCUGGAGUUGGCGAUAGUGGUUUUAUGUAUACGAGUUAAUGCCGCAUUUAAACAUACAAUUUCAUAAGUAAGUAAGUGUUAGAAGGGCUUGUAAAUUCGAUAACGCUACAGCUGCUAACUCUAGUUAGCUUUAGCAUCAGUUGUCUGUGCAUAGCCCGGUGUUCCCGUUAUUAAGCCACAGUUUUGUUGCCGGCUUUAAAUAUCUCCACAGUCACUGUUUCAAUAUGGAUAAGUUUGUGGUUAAGCUUCCCAAGGGAGAGACUCCGAAAAAAACAAAGACCAAUGUAAAGGUCUACAAGCAAGCUACUAUCGAGUCUUUACGGAGGGUGGUUGUGAUUGAGGACAUCUUGCGCUACAAAUCCACGUUGGAGCUACCUGAACAGAGUAAGGAAAACCUACUGGCAGCCCUCACUGAACUGAGCAAGAAGAUCCCAUCCAAGGAGGUGCUGAAAUCCACUAAAAUAGGUCACACUGUCAACAAAAUGCGAAAGCAUCUGGACCCCGAGGUGAGUUCAAUGGCAGCAAAGGUGUACACUGACUGGAAGACGUUCAUUGAGGAGAAUUCCAAUAAGCCGGCUAUUGAGGUCCGCUCUGACAAACAAUCUGAAGGACUGAGGAGUAAUGCUAGGAGACUAAUGGCCGAAGCUUUGGAGGUCAAGGAGGACUGUGGCCUUAUAGACAACAUUGAGAGAGAAGUGUUCCACCAGAGCUCACGACUGGUGAGCAGUUCAUACAGACGGACAGUGAGAGCGCUGGUCUUUGCCUUCAAACACAACCCUGAGACCAGGAUGCAGACGAAAGACGGUACAAUAUCAGUGAACCAGCUGGUUUCUAAAUAUAAGAAAUAACUGAGGCUGAACAACACUGGAUAUAUCAAGGCAUUUUUGUGCUUUAUUUUAUCUUCUUCUAGGUUUUGCAGGUCUUUUUUUUUUAAAUUAUUUUAUUCAUUUUCUGUAAAGGACAUUAAAAAAGUGUUAACACUUUUGUGGCACAUCAAUAUUUUAUAAAUACAUGUAAAUUAUGAAGGAUAUGUAAUUUAUUGCUGGUAGUGAUGAACAUACAUGUAUGAUGCUUGAUAACAGGUUCUCUGGUUUUAUGUAAGUGGAUAUUUUUUACAUAAAUAUAAUCUUUUUUU